AUGGCCGGCCGCCUUCAGACCUUGCGAGAUCGUCAGAUAGCUGCGAUCGACCGGAUACUCAACCUCAAUCGUGACGAUCCGUCGAACGUGGAGUCAUCGAAUGGUGCUCAAAACGGCGACCUGCCGACCGAAAAUGGAGACGCUACAUGGAAGGUCCUCGUCUUUGACAAUCUUGGAAGAGACAUCAUUAGCAGUGUACUGAGGGUCAACGAUCUAAGGAGUAAGGGGGUCACGAUACAUUUAAACAUAAACUCCACGCGCUACCCAAUCCCCGAUGUCCCUGCCCUCUAUCUCGUCGAACCCACUGCCACCAAUAUCCAACUCAUAUGCUCUGAUCUCUCUCGAGGGCUGUACACGCCGGCCUAUGUCAACUUCAUUUCUUCUAUUCCUCGCCCUCUCCUCGAAGACUUUGCCGCUCAGAUUGCUGCCACGAACAGAGCGGAUUCCAUCGCUCAAGUGUAUGACCAAUACCUGAAUUUCAUUGUCGCUGAGCCAGAUUUGUUUAGCCUGGGCAUGGGAAAAGAGUCUUAUUGGAUAUUUAAUAGCGCCAAAGCUGAAGCCGAAGUUCAGGAUGCUGCCAUUGACAGGAUCGUCAGCGGACUGUUCAGUGUGAGCGUGACUAUGGGUUCAGUUCCUAUUAUACGGUGCCCACAAACGGAGCUGGCCAAGAUGAUUGCCACGAAACUGGAUCGGAAACUGAGAGACCACGUUCUCAACUCCAAAGAUAAUCUGUUCUCAUCCAAGGGUUCCGCAGCCAGCGUCUACUCCACACCUUCCCGGCCUGUGCUCAUAGUCCUGGACCGGAAUGUCGACCUGGUCCCGAUGCUUUCUCACUCAUGGACAUACCAGUCACUGGUCCAUGAUGUAUUAAAGAUGCAUCUGAAUCGCAUCACCGUGGAUGUCACGGACGACGAAACCCCAAACGCCAAAUCUCGAGCCUAUGACCUCAAUGCUGGUGAUUUCUUCUGGACGCGUAACGCCAGUGCACCCUUUCCCCAGGUGGCAGAGGACAUCGAUAAAGAACUCACAAAGUACAAAGCGGAUGCGGAAGAGGUAACCAGAAAGACUGGGGUUAAUAGUAUCGAGGAUCUCAAUGACAGCUCCGCGUCAGCAGCGCAGUUGAAGGCAGCUAUCACCCUACUGCCCGAACUACGAGAGCGAAAAGCAACGCUGGACAUGCACAUGAACAUAGCUACAGCGCUGUUGAAAGGCAUCAAGGAUCGUCAGCUGGACAAUUUCUUCCAGCUUGAGGAGAACAUUACCAAACAGACUUCUGACCAGAUACUUGCACUAAUCAAGUCUGACGACAAAGGAGACAAUCCCUUGGAUAAGCUGCGGAUAUUCAUCAUCUGGUAUUUGAGCGUCGACAAAGAGCCGUCGAAGGCUGAACUAUCAGAGUUCGAAACCGCCCUUAGGACUGCCGGGGUGGGUGAUGCGGUUGCCGCCAUCAAACACAUCUCGAAUGUCAGACUCGAAACGCGAGGCACGAUGAUGACUUCGACUGUCACAACUUCGCAGCCUACUCAGGGCCCGUUGUUCGGAGGCUUAUCAUCGCUUUCCAAGAACUUCACCGACAGAAUUUCCUCCUCGACUUUCGGCAACGUUAAUCUCGACGCCUUGUUCUCGGGGGUCAAGAACUUUCUUCCUGCGGACCGAGAUUUAACAGUAACGAAGAUAGUGGAAUCCAUCAUGGACCCUCCUGCGGCCUCGUCCUCGGCGAUCGCAAAGACGGAGAAUUAUCUCUACUUCGAUCCCCGCAGUGCCCACGCCCGAGGCACGACAGGGGCAUCAAAUCCACCUUUACGAAGCGGCCAGCCCGCUGCGGGUGUCAAUCCGACCUUCGGACAACGACGGCAGGGGUAUACAGAAGCGAUUGUCUUCACAGUCGGGGGAGGAAGCAUGGACGAAUAUGGCAAUCUGCAAGAGUGGGUAAAGAGAACGAGUGGGCAAGGCGCAAGCGGCGGAGGAGUCGGUUCCGCUCCACGCACCAGGAGGGUCGUCUACGGGAGCACCGAACUGGUCAAUGGCGAGGACUUUCUGCAUGAGUUGGUCAGACUAGGACAAGAUGGCUAG